GUCAUUUUCCCGCCAUUUUGUGUAGUACAACAUGUCGAACUGCGAAGGUAGUCUAUCGGUUGGAAGUGUCGCUGAAUCGGAUAGAAUCCAUUCAUUGCCGUGCAAUAUAGAUCACAAUGGAGAAGCAAAUAUAUCAACAUAUUUUGAUACCACUGUUAGAUCGACUGAACAACAAGAGCUGGAAGCUUCUUUUCGUGGGCGCUGCUUGAAAGGAAGUACCAUCAAUGUACCAGUAGGRUAUACUGGUUAUGUAUUUAAAGAAGAAAGAAAACCAAUCACAGACCAAGAGGACAGAGUACUGAGAGCCACACACAAAUUUUCACAGUUUAACUAUUGGAACCUAGAAACACUUCCAUCUGAAAAYGAUGCCAUGAUAAAAGCUAUGCAAUGGAUUGAUAUAGCAUCUGUGCUACACAAGGUAGAGGAUGACACUGUAAAUGCUACGCCUGAAACAAUUAGGUGACAUCAUGUACAAAGAAAGCUUGCAUAAGAAAACACCAAGACCUGUCGAUAUGUACAGUGAACUUCUCUAUUGGUUGAGUUUACAUGUAGUUAUUGAAUGUUAUAGAAAAAGACAUUUUGAUCUUUUUUGAUAAAAUUAGGAAGGGUAUAACAGUUUGGGAUUGAUUAGGUUAAGGAACAAAACAAGGCUUUUUCCAAAAACAUUUCUACAAACCAAAUAAUAAACCAAGAUAUUUAUAAUGGUAUUUUAUUACCCUAUCCAGUUAAGACUUCCAACGUAAGUAAAUGUAACAUUGCGCAUACUGUGAAUAUACUUAUAACUGGCCUGCCUGACAGCAAUAUAUUGUACAUGUACAUGUAUGCAAGGAAGAUAUUUUUUGUGUUAUUAAAAGUUCUAAACAAGCA